AUGACAUAUCAUGUAGAAUUAUGGGUUUCUCUAGGAAUGAUUACAAAUUUGAAACAAUUGGACGGUACAGUUCUUGUUGAUCAAUCCAGUCAUCCACAGACAAUUUGUUAUUUCAAUGAACAAGACUUACCAGACGAGAUAUUAGAAAGAAUUGUUCACUUAUUUCAAGUCAGAAAUAAAUGGACAUUCAAUGAAAUACAACCAUUUCUUGAGAAAUUGUCUACUGAUAAAUUGAAUGUAAAUACCAUGUUAGCUAAGUAUACCAGAGCUACUACUGAUGCGGACGGAGUGCGAUUUUAUUGUUCAAGAUAUAGUUCAAUAAUGUGA